AUGUUGACGGCUGAGAGUUACUUCAUCUCCCUAUCAAUCGUGGCAACGCUGCUGCUUUGGGGGGUCAGUCUAUGGAACGGCACUGUCCUGGAAUUAAUCCUGACAGUCUGGCGCGGGCAUUUCGAAGACGGGACCCCCUUUCAUGCCAGCUAUACCGGAAUUUUCCCUCUAGAUUUCCCCAUCGGCCUGCUAGUUGCUUUCUUCUACUACGGGACAAAUGGUUCCCACCCCGGGUACCAACUUUUCCUCAUAGACGCCUAUUCAACAUUGCAGUCGGCAUUUGUCUGGUUAUAUAUCGAAAGUUACCGACCAUCUGCAAAGCCUUCUGCCAUCUCACGUCCCAUCCUCUGGGGCCUAUUAUGGCAGGCUGUCGGGGCCGCAAUAUCCUUGCCUCUAUUCUAUUACCAUCACCUCAAGUGGAUUUCCGGCGUUGGAGCUCAUAAAGUGGAGGCUCCGAAUUCCACUUCGGCCAACGCCUUGUCAUUGAGCUUCCUCUUGGGUGCAGUUGCUCCAGCAGUGAUCGGAAUGCUCCCUACUUGGGGCCCUCGGGAUCCUAUUCUCCAUCAAAAAAUCUUGGCCGCUUGGCAGCCAGAUCCGGUCUGGGUCUCAAUCUUCCAAUUCGUCUUCGUGCAAAUCUUAAGCCAGACAAGAUCUCGAAACUCCGAUACACACCCCAAGCGCCGUCGCGGCGUGUACUGGGUAUACGGCCUUGCCGCUCUCUCGUCAACGGUUGGCCAUCUUUAUACCUCGAUCGCGCUUUUUCGCUCCUCCGCUCUAGAAUUGACCUGGAGCCGAAUAUAUAUCCCAAAUUUGUUCCACGGACCACCAGAUGCUGUUGCAUUGCUAGCAAAGGGUCCUUGGCUGUUUCUGCAGUAUGAUUUAAUUAUAAUCGCUCUGUCUAGCUUGUCAUGGGCAUAUGUGGUUGCAUGUCGCACAUCGCAAAGUCGAUCGCCAGUCAAAUUUUUCCUGCCCUUGCUUCUUAUCAUUGGCCAAGUAGUUGUCGGAGCAGGAGCAACUGUAUCACUUGUACUGCUUUGGCGGGAAAUUGUGAUGGAACGCGCGGAGGAUUCCGCGAAGAGCGACCGCUUGCGCACUAGGAAUAUCAAAUGA